AUACCUUCAGAGUUAGUGGAUGCCUCCUCAUUGAAGAUCUUCACAUAAAGACAAGAUGAUAUCUUAUUAGGGUAUGUCCUGGGACCAGUGCAGGUAGGCUGCUGUCUCACCUCCCAGCUGGGAGAGUUCAAGACUAUAUGGCUGCAGGAAUGUUUAGAUUGGCUGUUUUUCUUGGGGUGACCACUGUCUUCUGCAUGGUGACUUCCCAACAUGGUUUGAUGGAUGAGAAGGAACGCCUGCCCUCGUUGACCUCAGUAGCAAUGUUGCCUCUCAUCCCUGGAAAUAACCUUGGUGAUUUCAGCAAAUAAGAAGAUCCAGAAUGCUUACUGACCCAUGACUCCCAACAGUAUGUCAGAAAAUGGCCUUCCAGCAUGGGACAAGCGGAAGCCUCCUCCGCCCCCUCCUGACCAAGACUACCCCUGGGGCCUCGUAGGAAUGUCCGAAGACUGCUUACACAGAAAGGGCCACUCAGAGAGCAGCAGUGGGCUGUUGAAGAGCGAGCCGCCACCACCGGCAUCCCGGCUCCAGACUACAGCAGCUUGGACUAGCUCAGUGUUCCACCUCGACCCGGGCGAGGCCCAUGAGCAGGGAGUGGCGAGCACCCAGGCCGACCCAACCGAAGAGAAGAAAUGUAAAGGGUACAUACCCAGUUACUUAGACAAGGACGAGCUAUGUGUAGUUUGUGGUGACAAAGCCACUGGUUAUCACUACCGGUGCAUCACUUGUGAAGGCUGCAAGGGUUUCUUUAGGAGAACCAUUCAGAAAAAUCUCCACCCAUCCUAUUCGUGUAAAUAUGAAGGAAAGUGUGUAAUAGACAAAGUCACUCGGAACCAGUGCCAGGAAUGUCGCUUCAAGAAAUGCAUCUAUGUUGGCAUGGCAACCGAUUUGGUAUUGGAUGACAGCAAACGGUUGGCAAAAAGGAAGCUGAUAGAAGAAAACCGAGAAAAGAGACGCCGAGAAGAACUGCAGAAAACCAUUGGGCACAAGCCAGAGCCGACAGACGAGGAAUGGGAGCUCAUCCGAGCGGUCACGGAAGCCCACGUGGCCACCAAUGCACAAGGCAGCCAUUGGAAGCAGAAGAGGAAAUUUCUGCCUGAAGAUAUUGGACAAGCUCCGAUAGUCAACGCCCCAGAAGGUGGAAAAGUGGACUUGGAAGCCUUCAGCCAGUUUACAAAAAUCAUCACACCAGCAAUUACGAGAGUGGUGGAUUUUGCCAAAAAGUUGCCUAUGUUUUGUGAGCUGCCAUGUGAAGAUCAGAUAAUCCUGCUGAAAGGCUGCUGUAUGGAGAUCAUGUCCCUCAGAGCAGCUGUGCGCUAUGACCCAGAGAGUGAGACUUUAACCUUAAAUGGGGAGAUGGCCGUGACCAGGGGCCAGCUGAAAAACGGAGGCCUUGGGGUGGUGUCUGAUGCCAUCUUUGACCUGGGCAUGUCACUGUCUUCUUUCAACCUGGAUGACACUGAAGUAGCCCUCCUUCAAGCAGUCCUGCUCAUGUCUUCAGACCGCCCAGGGCUUGCCAGCAUUGAGAGGAUAGAGAAAUGUCAGGAGGGUUUCCUGCUGGCCUUCGAACAUUAUAUCAAUUACCGCAAACACCACGUUGCACACUUUUGGCCAAAGCUGCUGAUGAAGGUGACGGACCUACGGAUGAUUGGCGCCUGCCACGCCAGCCGCUUCCUACACAUGAAGGUGGAGUGCCCCACAGAACUCUUUCCCCCUCUGUUCUUGGAAGUGUUCGAGGAUUAAGAAGGACUGGUUUGGUUCUCACAGUUCUGACAAUGCUACUUAUGGGGUGUCAUUCCAUUCCAUUGCCUAGCUCGUUUGUGUUUCUCUGUAUCUUGGGGGGAGGGAGGGAUUUUUGUUCUCGAUGUUGUUGG